CGAAGACAUUUCCAGAUCACGACUCAACCCCCCUUCCAACUUCUCCUUGAUACACAUAGAAAUCUUCGAGGAUCGCCCGACGAGAAAAAAAUAUUCAAGAUGUCGGACGUAGAAGACAACACCCCCGAGGUCGCCGACGUUGUCGAGGUUUCCGGCGAUGCCCCCAAGGGCCAGAUGUCCAUUCUCGAUGCUCUCAAGGGUGUCCUGAAGCUCUCUCUCAUGCACGAUGGUCUUGCCCGUGGUCUCCGUGAGGCUUCCAAGGCUCUUGACCGUCGCCAGGCUCACAUGUGUGUCCUGAACGAGAACUGUGAGGAGGAGGCCUACAAGAAGCUUGUUGUCGCUCUCUGCAACGAGCACAACAUCCCUCUCAUCCAGAUCCCCGACGGCAAGCAGCUCGGCGAGUGGGCCGGUCUCUGCGUUCUCGACCGUGAGGGUAACGCUCGCAAGGUCGUCAACUGCUCUUGCGUCGUUGUCAAGGACUGGGGUGAGGAGUCUCAGGAGCGAUCUAUCCUCCUGAACUACUUCCAGACCGAGCAGUAAAUGUCUGAACUGGCGUUGGAUGUGAGGAUGAUUAGAGGUGCGGACUUGGUUUCAUGACCGCUUGACACAUACGUGCUGUACUCUAGCCACUUCGACUGGCAUCUAAAACGGUUUUAAGGCCUUACGUCUCAUGGCCAUUGAGAGGAAUUAAAAAAAAAUUGGGCAUCAUCCGAUAUUCAAA